UUUAAGAUUGGGACCAUGCGCUUUGUGGCAUGAUGCCUCCCCGAUUAGGGUUAGGGUUUGGGCUAGGGCUUCUUCUGAGGAAAGGGAAACCUGCGAGGAGGACGAGGGAUUGCCGCUCGGUCUCUCUUGGAGGCUGGCGAGGCUUUUCCAGCUAUUCCGUCGAGCAGUUCUCCGAUGAUGAGUACGAGUGCGAGUUCGAGGAUCAGAAGGAUAUGGACAAUUGGAAAUGCCAUGUUUGCUGUGAGCCAAACUAUCAUCUUGUUGUUUCUAUGGGAUGCAGAGGAAUAUAUCUAGUCACCCCCUGUAUGAGUGGAAGGAUUGGGGAUCGGGCCACUAGUGAUGUAGUUGUGAGGUUAAGGACACCUGAAGGGCGAGAUAAUUGGGUUUAUUGUCAUUCUGAAAUUCUUAUUGAGAAGAGCAAGUAUUUUGCUGAUCGUCUUUCUGAAAACUGGCCAACUUGCCAGAUACUUGACUCUCGCAACUGUGUCGAAGUAUAUUGCCAAGAACUGGAAUUCAAUUCUCAUGUUAGUUUGCUUCGUCUUCUUUAUUUACCAGAACCACACACUUGGUAUGGUGUUAGGAACACCCUUGGAAUACUUCAGGUUGCCGUUAACCUUGGAUGUCAUCAGAUGGCACGGGCAUGCUUGGAUUACUUGGAAGCUGUUCCUUGGGAGGAGGCUGAGGAAGAAGAGAUUUUAAGGAUGGUACCUACUCUUGGGUCACAGUAUGAGGUCAUCCUUGCACGCCUACAGCCAGUUGAUCCAAUGGCAAUUACCGGGAUUUUCAUCUCAGCUUUCCGUUUUGCUACAUCAUCUCCUCCUUGUCACCUCCGUGAAUUGAAGACCUCUGUCCAGGAGCAGCUUGAAUAUAUGCUUACCGAGGAUGAUGACAUUCCUCUUUUAUCAUUAAGAGAUGCAGUUUUGAAAUCAGAAGUGAGGAAUUGUGUAAAGGAUUUAUUGAGUAGACUUGAUUGUGUGAUAUUAUCUUUAUCAAGUAUGUUGCAAGAGUUGCUCUCCCUUUUGUCUGACAUUGCAUGGGUUUGUCAGAUCUUGUGUAAGAUGGAAAUGAUGAAAGAUUUGGUGCACUAUUGGGUUUCUGCAUCUGAUAACAUUGUCAAGGCUUUGGACUGCUUGAAUUCAGAUGGUAACGUGUUGGAUUCAAGAUUGAAAGUGGUUGAAGUGACCUGUAAAGUUUUGGAGGCAAUUAGUUCUGGAAAUGUUAUUUUGCCAACAUCAAGCAGGAUUCAUGUGGUAAAUGCCUGGCUUCCGUUUGCUCGGAGAACUAGGCUAUUAGUGGAGCCGAGUGCGCCAGUUCUUGAUUAUGAUGAGGACUCACCAGUUGAUCCUGAUUGUGAAAUUGGGUCACCAGUUAAAAUGGAUGCUGAAAUUUGGCAGGUUAUGGAAUCAGCAUUUGUUUCGAUUGUGCUGACUUUACCAUCAGAAGUCCAAGCAGAAAUAUUGGCAGAAUGGUUAAAAUCUGAGGCUGCUCGAUACCCAGAUCUUACUGAGGCUUUUGAAGUAUGGUGUUACAGGUCCAAGAUUGCGUACAGAAGGUGCGUGUUUUUGAAGGGAAGGAACACUUAAUCCAACUCAGUUUCUUCUUAAUCUAUCAAUCGUGUUCCCACUUUAUCUGCUGUUGGCACACAAUGUAGAGUUAAGAGUAUAGUUCACAUGUAUAUAUAUUUGUGUUACUAUUGUCUCGGGUUUGUAUCCCUAACAGCAAUUAGAAAUAGUUCUAGCUGCAUAUGGCUUUUCCUUGAUGUUGUACAUGCUUUGUUAAUAUACUAUCAAAAGGUUCAGGUUGGAAAUCUAAACCAUGCUUUGUUAACAUAUUAUCAAAAGGGUCAGGUUGCAAAAUGUAAACCAUGCGUUUAUCUUUGUUAAGGAUAAGUUGGGAUUGUGUUUUUUUUUUGUUU